AUGGCUCAGCCGGGCUUUGCGGCGUACGCGCCUUUCCAACAUGUUUCUUGUCCCUGUGAAGGGUCAAGAUACCGCUAUUCUCCUUUAGCUCCAACGGAUAUACGCCUUGUCAUCCUGGAACCUGGAGAGUUGUCCGAUGAAAUCUUUUGUCGCAUGCCAAUAUUCCCCUGCCAUCGCGCCCCGGUAUUCGAAGCCAUAUCGUACACAUGGGGUGACGAGACAGAAAGGCAGGUUGUCAGAUGCCUGGACAACCCUGGGACGCUCUGCGUUGCGAACAGUUGCGCGUCUGUUCUGCGAAGACUUCGAUACGCUGAUCGACAGAGGUAUAUAUGGAUCGACGCACUGUGCAUCAACCAGCAAGAUUUACAAGAGCGCAGUCUACAAGUUAAAGCCAUGGCCCAAAUCUACUCAUCGGCGUUUCGAGUUGUCAUAUAUCUAGGCGAAAGCGCCGAUGACAGCGACCUAGCCAUGGAUUUCCUAUCCUCCGGGCAAUAUUACAACAUGAGUGACAUGAUCAAAAGCGCAAUGGGGCGUCUUUUGCGCCGUCCCUGGUUUGAAAGAACAUGGGUUAUCCAAGAAGUUGCCAUGGCAAAGUCGCCCAAAGUUCUCUGCGGUACCAAGUCUGCGCCGUGGUCCAGUCUCGUCGUGUGCGCGAUAAAGCUCUCACUGCAGCCUCCCGUACUCUCUCCCAUCGGUCGGCUUCGGAAGCAUUCAUGGAUGUAUAUCGUCACAACCGAUCAGUUCGUGAAAGCGCUCUGCGAUUCAACAGCGUGUCAUUGCCGCGAUCCUCGAGACAAAGUCUUCGCAUUUCUUGCCAUGUACCCGUCGAUGAUGAAUGCAAAUGAAAUAGCCAAAUAUCGAGAAUCUGGAUUUCCAAUGAGCAGGGCACGCAAACUACCGCUAGAGGACGUUCCUACGGCCAAACAGAUUUCUGUGCAAGAUGAGUUGGGAAUCGACAUGAACCUUUGGUUGACCCCUCGAACGUCAACCAAUUACAGCCACUCCGUCGAAACCGUUUUUACAGAGUUUGCAACUCUCUUGAUAGAAAAUCAAGGUCUCGACUUCCUGUCCGCCAUGCAAGGUCGUUCAAAGCCAGAUAUCUUGCCAACUUGGGUUCCAGACUGGCGGGUCCCUUGCAAGCGGGCAAUUUUGGCACAUAUCCCCUUAGUCCAGUUCAAUGCUGGAGGGUCUGCUCAGUCAUUCUCUACCUUUUCACCUGAUCCAAAGUCUCCAGCGAAGCUUCUCAUGGCCCGCGCUGUGAAAAUUGGAAAGAUUCGGUUCUUGGGAGAAACUUGUGACGUGGAAGUUCCAAACUGGGAACACGUCGUGUUCCGCCGCUGGAGAACUCUUGGCGAGCGCGCAUGGAGAGAGAUAAUUCCAAGUAGAUCACCUACCAGCUUUCUAACAGCUUUCUCCCAGGCGAUCUUCACGGACUCGGACGACUACUUUUACCAACCACGGGAAGCCUUGUGCCAAAAACUUUCCAACCAUGUGGCAGGGGCCUCGAUAGAAGCCGGCGACUUCAUUCAAGGUAUCGAUCCGUCGGCGCUUGACCGAUUGCGAAUAAGCUGCCACGGGCGGAGGUUCUUCGUCGACCAAAACGGAGUCCUGGGCUUAGCAGCAAGUGAUAGUUUAGAAGAAGAUUUGGUUUACGUCUUAUUGGGAGCGAAAGUGCCUUAUACCUUUCGGCCGCGUCGGUCUCAACCUUUGUCCGAAGUGAAUCUGAUUGGUGAAUGUUUUACUCGUGGAUAUAUGAAAGAGGAGGCGGUAUCUCCAACUGCGGGCUUCCGUGUUGAGAGUCUCCGUAUACUCUGA